UUCAUUCCUGUGCAGUUUUACACAGGGCCCAUUGAAAGAUGCUCCCAACUUGAUCUGCACACCACACACAUCUUGGUACAGUGAGCAGGCAUCCCUAGAGAUGAGAGAAGCAGCUGCUACUGAGAUUCGUAGAGCUAUUACAGGCCGAAUCCCAGACAGCUUAAGAAACUGUGUAAAUAAGGAUUACUUUGUUACGACUGCAGCCUGGCCAACGAUGGACCAGCAAGCUGUCCACCCAGAGCUCAAUGGGGCCACCUACAGGUACCCUCCGGGUAUAGUAGGAGUAACACCUGCAGGAAUCCCAGCAUCUAUGGAAGGAAUGGUUCCUGGGGGGGUGCCCGUCUCUCAUAACCUUCCCACAGUGGUGCAUCCUUCCCACACUCCAUCUCCCAAUCAGCCCACAAAACACGAAGGCGACAGAGAGCACACCACUGAGCAAUAGCAUAUUACAGAGCUCAUCCAGUAUAGGGUUGGGACCAAGAGACGCUGAAAAUAUCAUUAUAAAAAUUGAAUAUUUAUAGGAUAUUUGAGACCUGAAACUCUUCUAAGAAUUUGUACUCUUUACAGCCGCCAGCUUGGGAUGUUACAGUGUUACCCAUGGAUGGGGAUAAAAGCUGCAUUAAACCCAAGAGAUCUCCCUUCACUCAACAGAAACUAAGAAGUAUUUUACAGAGUGUGUUUUCCAAUGAUAUGUCCCUGUUGAUAAAUGUGUGUCACGUUCCCUCAUAUCUUUUAUCUGUUGAUCACAAACUUUACUGGGUAGAUUUUUCUUAUAUCAUUUGAAAUAAGUGUUUGAUAGAUGAGGAGAGAGUGAAAUGUGUUAUUGACAGAAAAUGGUAGCCUUAGGUGUGAAAUUUUAAUAGUUAGAUUGAAGCAUUUCCCUUCAUUCUCAGGAACAAACCUUUUUGUAUUGUUUGUCAGCAAGUUUGACUUCAAAACAUUUGUUCCUCAAGGACCCCCAUUUCUUGAACACACACAACUUAAUUUUCUCACCAUGUGGCAUUUUAUAUGAAUUCAUUGUGUUUUGGCUGGACAUUUGAGUCCAUCAUGGUCUUAGAGUUAAGUGCAUCAACAAUGAAGCUGGUGAAAAAGAAUGAACUGUUACAUGGGAUGUGACAGCCAGCAGUGAUGAUCCUUAUGAUGUUGUGUUGGUUAGAGUGGACUCUCUCCCAGUGAAAAGCAUACCAGAUCCAAAUGUAGAAUGUUACAAAUCCCUUCCCCUUCACUCCACUUAGAUAGAACUCAUGAUCCAGGUCAAGCUUACUAUUCUAGCAUUACUCUUUAUUCAUCCAAAGUAUUUCCCUUCCCAAUGUGUUUUUUUUUUGAUACUCAAAACACUGGAUGUUAUCAAUCCAUUUGCCUGAUUUCACUUAAAAACAGCAGCUCACAUUACAUGUUCAAUUUCCUGUAAACGUAAUCUUUGGUUAAUGUUCUUUUCAAGUAACAGAAGCAUUUUGUUUUAUUUAGUUAUAUUCAGUUGUUGAGUGAAUGGCUAAGUUGAGUUUAGUAUUGCACAUUAUUAGAAACCAUACAAAGUCCUGAUCCAAACAUUUAUCUUUGCUAAGUAUGUGUUUAUUGUGAUUCCCUCAAUUAUUUUUAUUCUAGAGUUAAUUUCUUAUAUGUAGGUUGCAAUGUUUUAAAAAUAUCAGCAAAGACAAAAUGUCUGAUGAUUUCUGUGAACCUAUGGAAGUGCAUACCACUGCUGAGAGGUGGAGGGGGGAGAGAUACUGACUGUACCUGAUAUUAACCUACCCCUUUAUAAGAUGGGUCAUCACCCAAUGAUGGAAUAUUUGUAUGUGAAAACUCUGUUUAAACAUUUUUUUAGGCUAAAGUGUUAUCAUUUAAUCUAGAAAGCUCUUUAUUACUGUUUGUUAAACUGUGUCAUAAAACUUGCUGUUCUGUUGUUCAGAUGUUGUGUGCAGCCAUGUUGGGUUAACAUUACUAGUGUUAAACCUUUUUCACUUGAAACUUUUUUGGUAGCUGUGCAGUGACAGUUUCCAAUUGCAGGUAAAAUCAUUUUUAAAGUCAGUCUUUCAAUUUCUAUAUUUCUUCAACAAUUUGUGUUAACAGUGAAAAUAUAAAGAAUUAAAAAAUAUUCCAAGUUA